UCCUUUUACUUUGGUCUUUUAGCUGUCACUAGCUGUCCCCUGAAGGAACUAAUUUCUCCUUUCACACUGCAAGUCAGCAGAUCCAACCAAAGUAUCCAUUUUUCUUUUCUGUUCAAUAAAUAGAACUUUGGAUAGCAAUGCCGAAGCUUCGAAAUACUCUUUUCCUACUAUACCUUUUGUUUUUCUGCUUUGUUUUCUUCAGUGAAGCUUCAGUUCAUGAGUACAAUGGACAGAAAUUCGUCAGUAAAGGCAAUGCAUUCGUCGUCCAUGGCGGUAGCGAAGGCAUUUAUUCUUCUUUUGCUGACACCCUCAAUGUAACUGCCACUGCUGGUGACUCUUUCGUCCGUUUUGAGAAAAUUACAUUCCGUAGACCCAAAGAAUCUUCUAACUUUAGCUCACACUCGAUCCAAGCAAUCGUUUUUGAGGUGGAAGAUAGAGAGGCGAUUGGGGGUUCAGCUUAUGGGGGACAAAGAGCUGUUUGUUGCACCGCAGAUCUUGCAAAACUCGGUGUCUGUUCAGAAGGAGAAAUUAUUCAUCGCCCUUCCACAAAGAAUCCUGGCUGGCCUAAAGUGUUCGGCGUCUCAUUUAGUGAAGAUGAUGAGGCUACAACAUUGCCAUUAAAAUCUAUACAAAUUACUAAAACCGGGAUGUAUAACUUGUACUUCAUUCACUGUGAUUUAAAUCUUAAAGAUUUGACUGUUGAAGGGAAAACUGUAUGGAAAAACCCUACUGGCUAUCUGCCUGGUAGAAUGGCACCUCUGAUGAACUUCUAUGGCUUCAUGUCCCUCGCUUUUGUGAUCCUCGGAAUCUUUUGGUUCCUGCAAUAUGCAAGAUUUUGGAGAGAAGUUCUUCCUUUGCAAAAUUGUAUAACAUUAGUGAUAACCCUUGGCAUGCUUGAGAUGGCUCUUUGGUAUUUUGAUUAUGCUGAGUUCAAUGGGAGUGGAACCAGGCCUGUUGGAAUCACCAUGUGGGCAGUCACCUUUGAUACUAUUAAACGUACAAUUGCACGGAUUAUUAUUUUGAUGGUUUCCAUGGGUUAUGGUGUUGUGAGACCUACUCUUGGUGGCCUUACUUCAAAGGUAACGAUGCUUGGAGCAACCUUCUUUCUGGCAUCUGAAAUUCUUGAGCUGGUAGAAAAUGUUGGUGCUGUGAGUGAUCUUUCUGGAAAGGCAAGACUAUUUUUGGUUCUUCCGGUUGCAAUCUUAGAUGCCUUCUUCAUUCUUUGGAUAUUUACUUCUCUCUCUUCAACUUUAAAUAAACUUCAGACAAGAAGGAUGGUGGCAAAGCUGGAUAUAUACAGGAAGUUCACAAAUGCAUUGGCAGUAGCAGUUAUUGUCUCUGUCGGUUGGAUUUGCUACGAGAUUUACUUCAAGGCAAAUGAUGUUUACAACGAGCAGUGGCAGAAUGCUUGGAUCAUCCCCGCCUUCUGGCAAAUCUUAUCUUUCUCUCUGCUAUGUGUCAUCUGUGUUCUUUGGGCUCCUUCUCAGAAUUCUACGCGGUAUGCUUACUCUGGUGAAGCAAAUGAAGAUUUUGACAAAGAUGAUACUAAUUUGACACUCAUAAAACCCUCUCCAACACCUUCAAAAGAUUUUAGAACUGCACCAGAAACUAGAACGGUGCAGGGCAGCAACGGAGCAUCCUCUAAUGGUGAUUUGGAAGAAGACAAGACAGAGUGACAUAGAAACCCCACCUGUGAAUCUGUGAUUCUUAGAACUCGAUUCAAUACUCGGAUUCACUUAAAUCAAGGCCCUGUUAUAGUUGUAACAAUGAUCCCACUUUUUUUUUUUUUUUUGAACUGUAAUGAUAUCAGGGUGGCUACCAUUACAACCAAACAUCAGAUGUUGAGCUUUAUCUUUCCCUCCUUUGAUUUUAUAUUUUAUAUAUUUUUUUGGUUUUACCCCAAAAGUUUUCAUCA